AUGGCGGCGUUUUUCCGAUCAACUUCAGUGACUCAGGACACCGGUCUGACCUUGGUGGCCAUCGACAAAGAUAAACACAGCCAAUGUGCAGUCAAAUGGGCGGUUGAUAAUCUUAUCACGACCUCCAACUGCAUCCUCAUUCAUGUUAGAAACAAAAGCUUAUAUCCUCAGGAUACUGGUGGAAUCCCCAAAGAAGGUCGCCCUCCAACUGAAGCCGAGUUACAACAGUUCUUUCUUCCCUACCGAGGAUUCUGUGCACGAAAAGGGAUUACAGCCAAGGAAGUGGUCCUCCAUGACAUUGAUGUUCCAAGUGCGCUUGUUCAUUAUAUUGUUCACAACUCCAUCUCCAAUAUUGUGGUUGCAACUUCUAAACGCAAUGCUCUAACAAGAAAAUUUAAAGACCUUGAUGUCCCAUGUAGCCUACUCAAAUAUGUACCAGAUACCUGUGCAGUAUAUGUUGUAUCAUCCAAAGGAAGACUUCAGGCUAAACGGGCAGCAACUAAUAAACCGAAAUGUGAUACUUCUCAAGAAAACCAUCUUCCUCCACAUCCUCAUGAUGGAUCAGACUCUGAAGACAGAUCACAAAUUAGUCAUGGAAGCUCAAGUUCAAAAAGUACUUCCUCGGACAGAAUAUCUUUUGAUAGACUUUCUGACUAUAAACCGAUAAGUCCCCCCAAAGCGCGAAGGUCAUCAAAUUCACCAAGAUUGUCAGUUGACAGUCUCACAUCAGAAACUUCCUCCCAUCGACACUCACACUCGAGCAGUGAUUUCUCAGGGCCACUUAGCUUCCAAUCAAAUGGCUCAGAUAAUAAUGAGGGUAACAGGAAUUCUGUAUCCUCACAAACUCAUUCUGGCUUGGAUGUUGAGAUGAUGAGAUUAAAGCAGGAAUUGAAGCAAAUAAUGACCAUGUACGCUUCAGCUUGCAAAGAAGCAAUAGCAUCUAAGCAGAAGGCAUGCGAUCUCCAAAAAUGGAAAUCAGCGGAAGAGCGCAAAUUAGAGGAAGCCAAGCUUGCUGAAGCGGCUGCUGUGGCCUUAGCAGAGAUGGAGAAGCAGAAAAGCAAGGCUGCAAUGGAUGCAGCGCGGAUGGCACAAAGGCUAGCAGAGAUGGAGAUCCAGAAGAGGAAAAUGGCAGAAAUGAGAGCCAAGGAGGAGUCUAAACAGAGAAGGAAAGCAAUGGAUGCUCUGGCACAUAACAAAGCUAUGUAUAGGAGAUACUCCAUUGAAGAGGUUGAAGUUGCAACAGAUUACUUUAAUAUGUCAAACAAAGUUGGGGAAGGUGGAUAUGGACCUGUUUAUAAAGGUGUGCUUGACCACACCCCGGUUGCCAUCAAGGUCUUGAGGCCCGACAUGUCACAGGGGAAGAAGCAAUUCCAACAAGAGGUUGAUGUUCUAAGCUGCAUUAGACAUCCACACAUGGUUCUCUUAGUAGGUGCCUGCCCCGAGUAUGGAUGCCUUAUAUAUGAGUACAUGGACAAUGGAAGCUUAGAAGACCGGCUCUUACAGAAGGGCAUCACGCCUCCAAUCCCAUGGACUGUCCGAUUCAAAAUAGCUGCAGAAAUUGCCACUGGCCUUCUUUUUCUUCACCAGACAAAACCAGAACCCCUUGUGCACCGUGAUCUCAAGCCGGCAAACAUUCUGCUAGACCGGAACUAUGUGAGCAAGAUUGCUGAUGUAGGCUUAGCCAGGCUAGUUCCAGCAUCUGUAGUGGAUAGUGUCACUCAAUACCGCCUGACAGCAGCAGCCGGUACAUUUUGUUACAUUGACCCGGAGUAUCAGCAAACAGGAAUGUUGUGUGUGAAAUCAGACAUAUAUUCCCUGGGAAUCAUGCUGUUACAGAUCAUUACAUCAAGGCCUGCAAUGGGAUUGUCCCACAAGGUUGAGGAGUCCAUUGAGAAAGGUACAUUUGCGGACAUCCUUGAUCCUACAGUGCCAGACUGGCCUGUUGAAUUGGCUUUGUCAUUUGCAAAACUGGCUUUGAAGUGCUGUGAGCUAAGGAGAAAAGAUAGGCCAGAUCUCGGUUCAGUCAUCUUGCCUGAGCUGGAACGGCUAAGAGAGCUUGGGAAUAGGGAGGAAGCCAAUAACUAUGCCAUGGUUCCCUAUCGAGGAGGGCAUUCGCUUCCACCACCAGUAGUGAGAUCAACCACAACUGCCAGUCAGUCUGCACUAAGAUGGAUGAACUUUACUGCUUAUAUGUGCUCUAUUUUGGAGUGA